GUGUUAUUCAUGAAACAAUUUUUAUAAAUACAUUAAUAAAUAUUAUUUCUUUGUUUUGAAAAAAAAAAAAGAAUGAAAAAAUAUUAUAGUUAUAGUUUUUUAAUUUUUAUUUUUUUAUUUUUUUUAAAUUUAAAAAAAAUAAAAGGUAAUGAUGAUUUCAGGUAUUAUGGUGUAAGAGUAGAUAAAAGAACAUGUCAAGGUGGUAUAGUAAAGUGUGGGGGUUAUUUUGUUAAAUUAUUAAAUACUGGUAAAGAUGAACCUGAAAUCUAUGUUUCAGAAAUUUUUCAAAUGGAUUCAUUUAUCAGUGAAGGAAAACUCCGAUAUGCUCCAGACUAUCAUGUUAUUAUUAGAGGUGACCUCAAUUUGGAUUUCCAAAACGAUGUUUAUCAGGCUGAAGCAUAUAAUCUUUACAGAUUAAUGCCUAUCCCAGGUAGGGAAUUUACAUUAAAAAAUGAUACCACCUUUUUCACAUUGGGUAAUCCACACAAUCUUUUAGUCCCAACACUACCCGAAACCGAAAGAAAUAAAUUUGAUUGUUUAAAAAAUCACUAUUCAAAGUAUGUAACAAAUGUUCAAGAGAAUUGGUUAGAGUAUUUAAUCAACACUGGUAACUCAGUAUUCACUGUAAAUAAUGAAUUAUAUAAAAGCGAAGAUGAAAAAAUCUCAUCAAAUAAAAAUAUUGAAAGCUCAAUUAAAGAUUACAAUAUAGAAUAUUUAUUUAUAUCUCUAACAAACUCAAAUAACUGCCCAAAAAAGAUGCAAGAAAUUAGAUGUGUAGAAGGUCUAGUUGCAACUUAUGUUCGUUCUUUUAACCAUUGUUAUAUUUUCUUUGAAUGUGCCCCAAGAUCAAAAGAUAAAAAUAUUUGUAUGGCCUCUCCUCCUCCACGUUGCCCUAGAAAUUACUCUUUAACAUCAAUUCCAUCAUAUCCAAAUGGUUGUUUAAAAUAUUAUUGUGAUCCAACAUUUUUACUUUACAACAUUGCAUAAAAUAAAAUAAAUAAAAAAAAUAAAAAUAAAAAAAGAUC